AUGUUUGAGUUGCCUACUUAUCCAGCAACAAUGUUCCUCGGUGACGCUGACGGUGAAGGAAUGAGCCUUGUUCUUUAUUUCAAAGUGUCCGAGAAUUACGAAACCGUUAUCUCUCCGCAGUAUCAGGAGACCAUCAAGAAAUUUGUCGACGAUGAGAUGGAGAAGAUUAAAGGGUUCACAAAAGAGUCCGUGGUUCCAUUCCGGGAAAGGCUAAAGUUCAUGGUUGGAUUGGUUAAUUCCGAUGAUCUCAAUCUGAAUUCUACCGAAAAGAAACUCGUAAAUGCUUAUAAUGAAAAGCCGGUUCUCUCACGUCCUCAGCAUGACUUUUACAAGGGCCCUAAUUACUUCGAGAUUGAUUUGGACAUUCAUCGCUUCAGUUACAUAUCAAGGAAGGGACUCGAGUCGUUCCGAGAUCGUUUGAAGGAAGGAAUACUCGAUGUAGGUUUAACCAUCCAGGCACAGAAACAAGAAGAAUUGCCAGAGCAAGUCUUGUGCUGUUUGAGGUUGAACAAGAUUGAUUUUUGCGAUGACGGGCAGAUACCGAUGCUUACGACUGGCAAGAUAAUUGAUGACGAUCAGUGAUGGUGCUGGAAAUGGCCGAUAAAUCGACGAUGGUGGUCGAUGGUGCCGGAAAGGGCUUCACAAAGAUUGUGAAACU